AUGGCCGCCUCAGAAGAAUUCAAACACCAUGUCGUACAGCUGGAUGGCCAUCUUGAUCUUCCUCCCCUCAGCUUUCCUCACACCUUUGAGAAACACCUUCGCACCUCACCCUCAGAACUACCUUCCCGCAUCGCCUCUGCCACAAUUGCCAUCGGAACUGCUGUCAACAUCACAAAAGCCAAUUUUCUCUCUGCUCCUCGACUGCAACUUCUCGCAUGUCUGGGCGCUGGCUGUGAUAGAUUCGAUCUCAAUGCUGCUAAAGAGUGUGGAGUUACGGUAACCAACACGCCUGCUCAGAAUACCAGUACUGUUGCGGAACAUGCGUUGAGUUUGUAUUUUGCGGUUAAGAGAAGGAUUGUGGGCUUGGAUGAGUUUACGAAAGAGGGAGAGGGGUGGAAGAAGCAGGGGAUGUGUGUUGGCGAGUUCAGAGGUGUGAUGCCUAGGGUUUGUGAGGAGGAGGUUGUCGGAAUCAUUGGUUAUGGAGCUUUAGAAAAGACGUGCAAAGCCCUCGAAAUGCGCGUCCUCAUUGCCGAACGCAAAGGCUCUUCUGACAUCCGACCUUCCCGCACUGCCUUCGAAGAUGUGCUCCGACAAUGCACAACCCUCUUCCUCACAUGCCCCCUCGAUUCCUCAACCCACAACAUGCUCUCCCACCACGAGCUCUCUCUACUGUCUCCCACCUCCAUCCUCAUCAACGUGGGUCGUGGCGGUAUCGUAAACGAACACGCUCUGGCUACCGCGCUCAAAGAAGGAAAGUUGCUAGGAGCUGGAACGGAUGUUUUCGAGCAUGAGCCUGCGACCAAGGAGAAUUGUCCUUUAUUGGCAGAUGAUGUGCCGGGUUUGGUUGCUACACCGCAUAUGGCGUGGUUUUCUGAUAGGACGAUUGUGGGAACCAAGCAGACUGUCAGAGACACGAUUGAAGCUUUUGUCAGGGGAAAGCCUGUCAACAUCGUCGUGGAUGGCAGGAAGUAA